AAAUUGAAACUGGAGUUAAAAGAAAUAUCCAUAUCUUAAAGAACAAAAUUGUUGUAGUUACUAGUUAGUGAAGGCCGUUCCUGACAAACAGAAAAUCCAAAACAAAGAUAUACAAUGCAAUAAUGAGUAUGGAAUGACAUCACUUCCAAGCUUUAAGAUUGGCUUGUCCUCCCCCUUCAUAUAUCGAAAAUUGAACUGAUAUUUCUCACUUUCAGAUGGCUUCAUGGCAUAUUCAUGUACCAUCUCUCCUGUCGAUAAUUUUCUUUCUCCAAAUGGCCCCUUUUGCAAACCCACUUUCAUUUAACUUCACAAGCUUUAAGGAUGGUGAUGUUAAUGUAGAAGAAGAUGCUGCUGUUGUAAGAGAAGCUAUCCAAAUCACCUUGAACAGCAUGGACCAAAACAACAACUACAGCGUUGGCCGUGUCACCAGCAAAUCACUGAUUCAGCUUUGGGACAAGAAUUCUGGUCAGCUCACUGACUUCAUUACCACAUUUUCCUUUGUUAUUUACUCACAAAAGUCUAGUUAUGGAGAUGGAAUGGCUUUCUUCUUGGCUGAUCCAAAUCUCCCACUUCUGCAUCAUGUUACACAAGGUGGUGGCCUUGGCCUUGUAGAUGGCAACAGAGUACUGAAUUCAACUCAGCAUUCAUUCGUCGCCUUGGAGUUUGACACCUUCCACAAUCCAUGGGACCCUCAAGGUAAUCAUGUAGGCUUGAAUUUCAACUCCAUGAAAUCUAAUAUAAGUAAGACAUGGUUGGUGGAUAUUAUGAAAUGGAGAGUAUAUAAUUGUAGCAUUAAGUACAAUUCAACCACUCUUAAUUUAAGCGUUUCGUUCACUCAGUACACUGAUAAUUCUUCAUCAGAGGAUUAUGUCUCAUACAAGGUUGAUCUGAGAGACCACUUGCCGGAGCACGUUAUUGUUGGCUUCUCUGCUGCUACAGGGAGGUUGUUUGAGGUGAAUACUCUCAAGUCUUGGUCAUUCAGUUCAAGUUUGGAUAUUCUUGAGAAUGUCAGAAAUCCGAUGACAGCACCGGCAGCAUCACCAACUCCUAGUCCUGAUUCUGAAAAGGGGAACAAGUUAAGACUGUUGGUGGGGAUUGGAAUUGGUGCAGCCUUGAUUCUUAGUUUGUUAGUUUGCGCUUUAAUAUUGUGGAAGAAAAGUAGAGGGAAAAAAGAGGACUUAACUUUUGAUCUGACCAUGGAUGAUGAAUUCCAAAAAGGCUCUGGACCAAAGAGGUUUGGCUACAAUGAACUUCGAAGUGCAACUAACAAAUUUUCAGAUCCGAAUAAGCUUGGUCAAGGUGGUUUUGGCAGCGUGUACAAAGGUUAUCUGAAGAACUCAAACACCAAUGUUGCCAUCAAGAAGAUUUCAAGAGAGUCUAGCCAAGGGAUAAAGGAAUAUGCAACUGAAGUGAAGAUCAUUAGCCAACUGAGACAUAGAAAUCUAGUACAACUCAUAGGUUGGUGCCACAGGAAGAAUGAUCUACUCCUCAUAUAUGAGUUCAUGCCAAAUGGAAGCUUAGAUUCACAUUUAUAUGGCGGAAAAAGCCUCUUGACUUGGCCAACAAGGUACAACAUAGCUCUGAGCCUGGCUUCAGCAUUGCUUUACCUACAAGAAGAAUGGGAACAAUGUGUGAUUCACAGGGACAUCAAACCAAGCAACAUAAUGUUGGAUUCAUGCUUCAAUGCAAAGCUUGGUGAUUUCGGUCUGGCAAGGCUAGUGGAUCAUGAGAAAGGUUCAAGAACCACGCUAAUCGCAGGAACAAGAGGCUACAUUGCACCAGAAUAUGCUACUUCAGGAAAGGCUACCAAAGAAGCUGAUAUAUACAGCUUUGGAGUUGUGCUAUUGGAGAUUGCAAGUGGAAAGAAACCAAUUAUUGGGCUAGAUUCCAACAAGGAGGACAUAAUAACUGUUGUUGAGUGGGUCUGGGAGCUAUAUGGAAUGGGAAAGUUGCUUGAAGCAGUGGACCCAAAGCUAUGUGGAGAAUUUGAUGAGAAUCAAAUGGAGAGCGUGCUUGGAGUUGGACUUUGGUGUGUUCAUCCAGAUUACAAAUUCAGGCCAUGCAUGAGGCAAGUCAUCCAAGUUCUUCAAUUUGAGGCUCCUUUACCAAUUCUCCCAGAAAAGAUGCCAGUGCCAACAUAUCUUCCUCCAGAUAUAAGAGCAAUCUUUCGUUCAAUUUCACCUCAUUUUGCAAUUGACACAACGGAAUAUUGCAUGGGUGACUAGUGAGAGUUGUUUAACUAACAUCUUUUGUAUGAUCAAAAGUCUAACACAAAUUUGUCUUUAUCUAGAGACUGCACAGUAUCUCUGGUGGUACUAAGUAACAAGAAAAUACAGUUAAAAAAGUCAGCUCAUUCAAAUAAAUAUAUGUAUCUCACAAAGCGUUUAUUGACUUCUUUAUUCCUAAAAUGACAAAUGAACAAUGCUUUUGCACAUUGUUGCUAGCCAAGUUUGUCAUAACAGGACAAGGAUCCGAAUAUUGCCGUUUGUGAUGGAUAUUGCCCAUGUUUAACAGAAGUGGAACAUUCAAAUUCAACUCUCACAAACGCUAAGCAAUCUGCAUGCUAAAUAGUUUUGAUGCUUCUGCUACCCUAUCAGUAUUCACUAUUCAGCACUUUGAUUACUGAUUUGGUUAGAGUUCAUUAUUUUGGCAAAGAGAGAUGCCGCAUAAUUU